AUGCACAUUUCAAGUGAAGUGAGUUCAACCACAAAUCAUCAACAGCCACUACCCGCUAAUGGUGUUGCACCAACGACGAAACGCAAUGCUAGUGCAAAUAAUACAAACAACAAUAACAACAAUAAUAAUAGUGUUAAUAAUAAUAAUAAUGCGAAUAGUAAUAAUAAAAAAACUGUGGACACAAGUCCAUAUCUAACACCUGAAAACCUAAUUGAACGAACUGUUGAUGUUUUGUUGGCCGAGCAUCCAGGGGAGUUGGUGAAGACCGGCUCUCCACAUGUGGUAUGCACAACGCUACCCACUCAUUGGCGUUCGAAUAAAACGCUACCAAUUGCCUUUAAAGUACUCGCGCUGGGCGAGGUCAUGGAUGGUACGAUUGUGACAAUACGUGCGGGGAACGAUGAAAACUUCUGUGCGGAGCUGCGGAAUUGUACGGCCGUAAUGAAAAAUCAAGUGGCUAAAUUCAAUGAUUUGCGCUUCGUUGGACGCAGCGGACGUGGCAAAAGCUUCACCUUGAGCAUUGUGAUAUCAACUAACCCCAUACAGAUCGCCACUUACAAUAAGGCGAUCAAAGUGACUGUGGACGGACCGCGCGAGCCACGCUCUAAGAUACGGCAUCAAGGCUUUCAUCCGUUUGCCUUCGGACCACAACGUUUCGGCCCUGGUGAUCCUCUGAUGGGUGGACUGCCGUUCAAGUUUCCAG